UCUUUAGCUUUUAAGACAUGGAGGAGAUAGAAGGAACCAACAGAGCAGCUGUUGAGAGUUGUCAUAGAGUUCUUAACCUCUUAUCUAGACCACCACAUCACCAACAAGACCAUGGGAGUUUAGUGUCUGAAACUAGAGAAGCUGUUUCUAGGUUCAAGAGAGUUGGGAGUCUGUUGAGUAAAAGUGUUGGUCAUGCUAAGUUUAGAAGAGGAGCCAAUAAGAAACCUCUGUCCCAACAUUUGUCUCAAACCAUCUUCCUUGACCCUUGUCUCCAAAGAACUCAGCUUCCAGAAUCAUCUCAGAAAGCACCGGUUCUCCGGUCUGGUUUGAGCUUGAGACCAACUGAUUCUCUCACUUUAGGGACCCGGUCUUUCAGUUUAAAAGCUCCUCUCCUUCAGCUUAACCACCAGGCAGUGCCUACCUCGAACUAUCAGCAGCAGUUACACGAAAGGUUGCAAGCUCACCAUCUACAUCAGCAGCAGCAGCAACAAAGACAUCAAGCUGAGAUUAUGCUUAGGAAGUGCAAUGGAGGGAUAAGUUUAAGCUUCGAUAACUCGAGUUGUACACCAACCAUGUCAUCAACUAGGUCCUUUGUUUCAUCGCUUAGCAUAGAUGGGAGCGUGGCUAAUAAUGCAGAAGGAAGAAACUCUUUCCAUUUGGUAGGGGAACAGAGUUUAUCACACUCUAAGAGAAAAUGCCUCUUGAAAGGAGACGAACAUGGAAGCUCUAGCAGAUGCCACUGCUCUAAGAAGAGGAAACAUAGGGUUAGGAGAUCGAUCAGAGUGCCGGCUAUAAGUAACAAGGUUGCAGAUAUCCCUCCUGAUGAUUAUUCGUGGCGAAAAUAUGGUCAGAAACCCAUCAAGGGAUCUCCUUAUCCCAGGUAAUACACUUCUUCUUGAUCACUCUCUUUUUCUGGAAAGUGUGGUGUUGAGAUAUUUGUGUGUGUGCAGGGGAUAUUACAAGUGCAGUAGCAUGAGAGGUUGUCCAGCGAGGAAGCACGUAGAGAGAUGUGUGGAAGAUCCAGCAAUGCUUAUUGUUACUUAUGAAGCAGAGCAUAACCACCCGAAACUGCCAUCACAAGCCGUAACUACGUAACUUUCAUUGAUCCUGUGUGCGCUAUGAUGAUAGAUGGACCUUGAAUCUGCUCUAAUAUUGUGUGAUAAAAUGAUGGGAGCAGUGCUUUUAGUUUGGGGUGGAUUUGCUUGUGAGAGAGAGUUUAUUGCAGUUGUUUGGUAUCGUUUAAGGGGUAAACGUAGGAUUUGUCAAAACUUUUUUUGUUCUUAUUGCUAUCAAGUGUAAUGCUCUUAAUGCUUCGCAAUUUUUCUAUUAAUCUCAGCUUCCAUUUGAGGAAUAGAGUCUUAUAA